AUGCGGGGAUCAUGGCUGGGGCUACGAAGCGCUGUUAAGACGUUACUACAUGAAAACGAUAUCGACUUGAACUAUCAAACCGUUCAAGGACGCUCAGCCUUAUCCCUUGCGGCAGAAUAUGGAACUGCGAGUGUAGUGGAACUCUUGCUCGAAAGAAGUCGGCCUCGCGCUCUCUUUCCCCGAUCAGCCCGGUGGAUUGACGUAAAUGCAGGGGAUGAAUAUGGGCCGAGUCCACUUGCGCAUGCAGCUUAUAAUGGGAAUGAGAGAGUUGUUGGACUACUUCUCAAAAAGCGUGGAGUUCGUCCCGAUAUACGGGAUUCUAAGGGGCAGACACCCCUUGGGUAUGCAUCAGGCCGCGGCCAUCUGGGUAUUGUCAAGAUGCUUCUUGCUACCGGCAAGGUUGAUCCCGAUUCUGUGGAUUAUAACGGCCUGACACCCUUAGUUUAUGCAGCAGAUGCUCAACGUGUAGAGGUUGUCACAUUCCUGCUAAGC